AUCGAGACUAAUUUUGCGGGAAUUGCGAAGUUGAUGACAAGAUUAUUUUGAUUUAUAAAAAAAAGUAUUUUAUUGUCUUUUUAAAUUUAACCUUCAUACCAUACGGAUGAAACAAUAGGUUUGUUUGAUAUGGAUAAAAGGAAGAAUACCACUGGAGGUGCAGGACCUGUGCCGAAGAAAAAAUUACACAUUGAUGAAGAUGAUGAUCCCUCUUCAUUCGAAGCAGAGCUGGCUCUGAUGGAUGAUAUUGAAAAAGAUUUCAGGGAAGAAAUGGACAUGCCAGAGAGAGCUGAGAAACCAAAAGGUGCAGGACCUGAUGACACUGCAACCAGUAGCAAGUGGGCUCGACCCCCUGUGCCACCCAUUGAUCCCAACACAGACAAACUGGUGUUCAAUCAGCUCGACUUAGAUUUCUACACUGGUAAACACUUACCUGGAAUGCCAGGUGCAACAAUGGGCCCCGGUCCAAUUAUUCGGAUGUACGGCGUGACGCAGGAAGGCAACAGCGUUUUGGCUCACAUCCAUGGAUUUGCACCCUACUUCUUUGUCCCUGCACAGCCUGGCUUCAAAGAGGAACACUGUGGUGCCUUCAAGGAUGCUCUUGAGUCUGUGGUGAAGAACGACAUGCGGUCUAACAGAGAGGGCGUGGUGCAUUGUGUUCUGGCUGUUGAUUAUGUCUACAAAGAAAGUAUUUAUGGUUAUCAUGGCAACAGGAAGGUCCCAUUUCUGAAGAUAACGAUGGCACUACCGCGGCUGAUAGCAGCGGCUAAACGAUUGCUGGAAAGUGGAUUUGUGUGUCCUGGCUACAAGCAGUAUGGCUUCCAAGCGUAUGAGAGCAACAUUGACUUUGAAAUCAGGUUUAUGGUUGACACUCAUGUGGUGGGAUGCAACUGGAUUGAGCUGCCAGCGAAGAAAUAUACCAUCCGUGACAAACACAACUGGGAUGCGAAGGACCCGAGGCGCCCCAAGCCAACGUCUCGCUGCCAGAUAGAGGUGGACAUCUCAUGGGAGGAGUUCAUAUCGCACCCGACUGAAGGAGAGUGGUCGCACAUCGCUCCUGUUCGAAUUCUCAGCUUUGACAUUGAAUGUGCUGGCAGAAAGGGUGUGUUUCCUGAAGCCGACAAGGAUCCUGUGAUUCAGAUUGCCAACAUGGUGUUGAAACAAGGAGUCGCUGAUCCAUUUGUCCGCAAUGUUUUCACACUCAACACCUGUGCUGCAGUCGUUGGAUCUGAAGUCCUGUCAUUUCAAAGCGAAAAUGAACUUUUAAAAAAAUGGGCAGCAUUUGUGAGAGAGGUGGAUCCCGACAUCAUCACAGGCUACAACAUUCAGAAUUUCGACUUCCCCUAUCUGCUGAAUCGUGCAAACCAACUCAAGGUCAAGGACUUUCCGUAUCUGGGUCGUAUUAAAGAUACGUCGUCGGUAAUUAAAGAGGCCAUGUUCCAGAGUCGUCAGAUGGGAAAGAGAGAAAACAAAUCGAUCAACAUCGAAGGCCGUGUGCAGUUUGAUCUCUUACAGAUUUUGCUGCGUGAUUAUAAGCUUCGAUCUUACACACUGAAUGCCGUGUCAUUCCAUUUUCUACAAGAACAGAAGGAAGAUGUCCAACAUUCAAUUAUCACCGACCUUCAGAACGGAAAUGACCAGACGAGACGGCGUCUGGCCGUGUACUGCCUGAAGGACGCCAUCUUGCCACUGCGUCUGCUGGAGAAGCUGAUGUGUGUGAUCAACUACAUGGAGAUGGCGCGAGUGACGGGCGUACCCUUCUCCUGCCUCCUGUCUCGCGGACAGCAGAUCAAGGUCAUGUCACAACUUCUCAGAAAGGCUAAGGAACAAGAUUUGGUUUUGCCCACACACAAAGUUGAUGCAGGGGAUGAAUUUGAAGGUGCUACUGUUAUAGAACCAGAGAAAGGGUACUAUGACAUUCCCAUUGCAACGUUGGAUUUCUCAUCUCUGUAUCCAUCAAUCAUGAUGGCUCACAACCUGUGUUACACAUCACUGCUCAAUCCAACCACAAUUCAGAAAGAAGGUCUGAGUCCAGAAGAGUACAUAAAGACACCGUCUGGAAACUACUUCUGCAAGGCUACCAAACGAAAAGGUCUUCUGCCAGAAAUCCUAGAGAAUCUACUUGGAGCACGAAAGAAAGCCAAAGCCGACUUGAAGAUGGAAACGGAUCCAUUUAAGAAGAAGGUGCUGGAUGGCCGGCAGCUGGCUCUGAAGAUCAGUGCUAACUCAGUGUACGGUUUUACUGGCGCUCAAGUGGGCAAACUGCCCUGCCUAGAAAUAUCACAGAGUGUGACAGCAUUUGGUCGAAUGAUGAUUGAGCAGACAAAGCAGUAUGUAGAAGAGAAGUACACCAUUGAAAACGGAUACAAACACAAUGCCAAGGUCAUCUAUGGCGACACUGAUUCGGUGAUGUGCCGGUUUGGAGUGGCGACAGUCGCAGAAGCCAUGGAGCUGGGUCAAGAGGCAGCAGCGAGUAUAUCAGAGAAGUUUGUCAAGCCAAUCAAGCUGGAGUUUGAGAAGGUUUACUUCCCAUACCUGCUGAUCAACAAGAAGCGUUACGCCGGUCUGUUCUGGACAAACCCGGUGAAGCACGACAAGAUGGACUGUAAGGGAAUUGAGACAGUUCGCCGUGACAACAGCCCCCUGGUAGCCAACCUCAUUAACACCUGUCUACAGCUCUUACUCAUAGACAGAGAUCCGACUGGAGCUAUCGAGCACACAAAGCAAAUGAUAUCUGACCUGCUGUGUAACCGGGUCGACAUAUCUCAGCUCGUCAUCACCAAGGAGCUCACCAAGACGGACGAUGAUUACUCGGGGAAACAGGCACAUGUCGAACUCGCCAACAAAAUGAGGAAACGGGACCCCGGUAGUGCACCCCAGUUAGGAGACCGAGUUCCCUACGUGAUCAUUGCAGCUCCCAAGGGCACAGCAGCUUAUAUGAAAUCAGAGGAUCCUAUUUACGUGCUGGAAAACAACAUCCCGAUUGACACCCAGUACUACCUGGAGAACCAGCUUUCUAAACCGCUACUGAGGAUCUUUGAACCCAUCCUGGGAGAAAAGAAAGCUGAAUCAGUGUUACUCCGUGGUGACCACACGCGAACGCGAACAGUGGUCCAUUCGAAGGUCGGAGGUCUGUCUGCAUUCACCAAGAAGAAGAGCACAUGUAUUGGGUGUAAGACACCUUUGGAUCACGAAGGCACUGCUGUGUGUAAGCACUGUAAGGCACGCGAGUCGGAGCUCUAUCAGAAGGAGAUCAUGCAGCUCCAGGGACUGGAGGAGAAAUUCUCGCGACUCUGGACACAGUGUCAGCGCUGUCAGGGCAGUCUGCACGAAGACGUCUUGUGCACAAGUCGUGACUGCCCAAUAUUCUACAUGAGGAAGAAGGUUCAGAAGGAUCUUGUCGAUCAAGAUAAACUGAUAACGAGAUUUGGAGAUCCGACCUGGUAGAAAAUAACAGAUAGACAGUGUCUUCGAUUCAUAAUGUGGAAACAACCGGACAAAUUAGACUGCAGUGUAUGAGAUUCCACCGAAUAUGACACUAGAUAUCCUGACUAUAAUACCAGCAAACAAUUAAUGUGCAAACAGACAUCGAAAUAAUCAUAGAGCCUGGUAACCCAUGUGCAAGUUCUAUAGAGAAUAAUAACGAGUUACCAGUUAUUAUCAAAUUUGUCCCAAGUGAAAUAAUGUUCAGUUGUCAUGAGCUUUAGCGAGUGACAAAUGAAAAUUAUUUCAUGCGGGACGUAAAUUUGAUAAUAACUGGUACCGAAUUUGUUAUUCUAUUUAUUACCUGAGCUAUUUUUUUCUCUAAAAGCCUUUAUUUUCGACACACAUGCAAUGCACGUGUAUGAAUAGUAAUGAUAUAAACCACUUUACGCACUGUUCUGAGUAUUGCUAUGACUUUGUAAUUUAAUCACGUUUAUAGAUAAUUUUUAAAAACAAAGUUCUCUUUAUUCUGGUACAAAAUCUAUAAUGAA